CUGAAUAUCCUUGAGUUCCUGCUUCGAGUCGAUUCUUCUUCAAAUGGUCCUGCAAAAUCCCGAGGUUUGUCCUAGGGGAGAAACUCCGAUGCUUAAGUUAGUAUUUUUUUGAUCUAUCUUCCUUCUCUUGUUCCGCCUAUUUAUCGGGUCUUACCUUGUAGGCUUUGUCCCGCUUGGCAAGGCACCCACGUGGCUCGUCCAUACCCACGUGGCCUAGUCAAUCCAAUAAUGGUGACAUGGUGUGCCUGACGGAGUAGACGUUUUAGGUGAGUGUAACAUGCCUUAACGGAGCAACCGCAUUAAAUGCGCGUGGUGCGUUCUGGCGGAGCAGGUUCCUUGAGAAGGGGUGUUCUGGUACAGACAAAUGAUCAGAUGAGGGUGUGCCUAUUGUGGCUGUCAUACACCCACGGCGAAGUGCCGAGCUUCCUUACUGGUUUUUCCAAGUGGCGUGUUGUCGAGUUUGGGCUGGAGGCUGGUUCGAAGCCUCCCAAAAGCCUCAUUUUGCUUUCUCAUGCCUUCCUCUUCCACCCACAUCAUUUUCUUUCUCCUUUCUCCACCAAGGUUAAGGUGCUUUUGUUAAGAAUUAGAAGGAAAUUACGAAAUACUGUUCAUGAUUACUGUUCAAAAUUACUGUUCAAAAUUACUGUUCAUGAUUACUGUUCAUGAUCACCGUUCACGCAUUAUGCUUUGAUCUCUUUCAAUAGGAAAUCCUAAUAUUAUUUAUGAAUUUGUUUGACAUGUGUAUGUGUUUGUGGCUAUGGAGUAAGUGGACCUAAGCUUAAAGCUUGGGGUAUUCAGUGGACCCUUCGGGGUAUUUAGUGGACCUCUGCGCAGUAGGGUUAGUACCGUGAUUAGCUCCGGUACAGUGUUGCUAGCACACCUCAGUGGACUCCAUAGCAUUGUGUGAUUUUCGAUUUUUAUGCAUUGCGCAUGUGACAUCGUAUUUGUGAGCAUAUGACUUUAGUAUAUGAAUUCAGUAUAAAUGUCAUUGAUUAUUACUUGACAUUGUGCUUAUGAUUUGAUUCCGUAGUGUCUUAUGCUCUUUGUGUGGAUAGGUUUAAGGGUCUUAGGACCCAAGUUUAUAGCUUAAACUUAUUACUUACUGGGCUAUGAGCUCAUAAAAUUCCCCCCACAUUUCAGAUCAGUAGAUCGAGGUAGCAGCCUCUUGGUUUAGGAGCUUUUGGCACGGGACUCGCAUGCUCGUUGUAUGUACCAGCUAGGGCCUCGUGUUUUCGAUAGGGAGGCAGAUCGAUGUGUUACCAAAACCAUGACUUAGCUUUUGUUUUUUUGAAAAGCUUUGAAAAAGAAUUUGCCUCGUAUAAUUUUUGUGUAAAUUACCUUUAUGUAUAAAAUCUUUAAAUUAAU